AGAUUGUGGAUGUUGACCAGCGCCAGGAGGCUUACUCUGGUAUUGGGCGCUCUUCUUCUAGUUGGCGUCCUCUCGUUUCUCUACGUGAAGCCCGCUAAGCUCGCGUCCCUAUAUAAUCUUGUCCCCAGUUCUGAAUCUCAAGAGAAACCUUCCUCUCCAAAAUAUCGGGAUUCGACACUAGGAUCAUGGAUACCCUCACCAGCGCGUGCAUCAGACGCCGACGUGUGGGGCAUGCCCUUGACUUGUAGUCCUGAUUUCUCACCGGCCGCAGGUGGACCUGAUGGACGUGAUAAAGAGGCAGAGGCGCAAGAACGAGGGAGACAUGUAGCUUCUUGGGAAUGGGUGCUUCAGGACGGGAAACCGCCUAUACCAUGGGACACCGAGGCUUUUAUUGAAAGGGCCCUCAAAAGUCGGGGUGGUUUCGUAUUUAUCGGAGACUCUGUCAUGGUUCAGAUGCUAACUGGACUUGCACACUUUGUUGGACAACAUGCAGGCGAUUGGCCACGCACAGUAGUGGAGGAGGUUCUUCUCGAAGACAAUGGAAUUUUUGUUACUACCUCCUAUGUUACCCUUCACCCCGAAAAUCAGCUCUUCGCAAAACUUCUCGCGAAGCCCUCGCUGGCCGGUGUUCCUCGCUCGCGUUUCUCUCGACCCGUCAUCACAUCUUACCGUUCCGACGACCUCAUUACACAGAAAGAACUCAACGCCACAUUCCUCAUGGCCGGGUUGGAAGAGCCCGUCAACAUGAAUAACCAUCGAGCGAUGGGGGAGUGGCGGCAGGGGCUCAAGAACUACAGCAUGGAAGAAUCAUGGGAGGGCGAGCUCGACACCAUAGUCUUCGCCAACACAGGGCCUCACUGGAGCCCAGCGCACAUGUGGCCCGCCAAAGAUCGUGUGCUCCUCAAAGCCUACCAAAUAAUGCUUGAUAAAGUCUACGACUUUCUCGUAAACUCGCCACUACCAACACUCACAUUUUUCCGUGCCACAUCCCCUGCACACCAACAUUGUAAUAACCACUCUGCUCCCAUUACACUAACAUCGAGCGCUGCGAUCAACCCUGCGCCAGAAGAACACCUUUUUGGGUGGCAUCUUUUCCCAGAGUAUAACCGAAUGGCGAGGGAACUGUUUGGGUCCUCAAAGCAUAACAAUACGCGGUACUUCGACAUAUGGCCGCUCUCUGUAGUAAGACCUGACGCCCAUAUCGGGUGGCAUAACAAUGAUUUCGACUGUCUCCACUGGUGUUCACCAUCUGUGACGGAAUGUUGGCGCUAGCCAAGAGCCUUUCAUACGUUUUCAGGGACGGAUACCCCAAGCACCACUUAGAAACUCAUGCGAAUCGUACAUAUUCUAUCGUUUGCGGCACCAUUACUGUAAAGGGCAACCUGAUACCACCGUGGGUCAUCCAAAUUGGAUUGGACGAUUCUUGUCUUAGGCUCCACCGAGCUCCCACGUCAAUGCAAUGA